AUGUUUCAGUAAUUUGUGAACGUCAAGGACGUGGCCAUGGACUUCACUUUGGAGGACUGGGAGCAGCUGGGGUUGGACCAGGGGGACCUGUUCUGGGACACGGCACUGGACAACUACCAGAACCUCUUCUUGCUGAACCCCCUCAGACCCAACCUGACUGAUCCAGAUGGCGGGGAAGAGCUGAAGACCCUGGUGAGAGGAAGUUCAGAAGUGAUAGGCCCUGACAUAGCUGAGGCCAAGAUCUCUCUGCCACAAGAAUUGUUGGAAGAGGGACUCUCUCAGGAGAUUACGGAGACGUUUUCCAAGGACGGCCUCUGGAACUCCAACUUGGGAGAUGCCUGCAUGGGUGAGAGCUGGUUGGAUAGUUUGCUAGGAGAUCCAGAAAGGCUUCUGAGCUCUGACGCUGUCACCAACAAGGAAAGUCCCAGAGAGUGCACAAGUCAUGAACUUGAGAGUGGCCUUAGUCUUGAGUCCCUCCUUUUUACAGGAGAGGAUUCCCUGGUCCCUGAUCUUUCCAAGAAGAGCCUGACACCAGCUAAGUUUCAGGAAUGUAAGAAUGACUUUGGCUCCCAUUCAGACCAGAGUCAGCAGGAUACUGUCCAGGAAGGGGCGAAACCAUAUAAAUGUAGUGAAUGUGGGAAGAACUUCAGCAGGAGUUGCAAUCUUCUCCAGCACUGGAUUAUUCAUAUGAGGGAGAAACCAACUGGGAAUCAAGAGUAUGAGGAUGGUUUCAACCAGAAUUCUUGCCUUUUUGUGUAUCCAACGACUGACACAGGCUUCAAAUCCUAUGUGUGUAACAAGUGUGGAGAAACUUUUAAUCACAACACACCCUUUCUGUGUCAUCAGAAAAUUCACACUGAAGAAAAAACACACAAGACUCAAGACAGUGACCAUCCAUCAGGUCCUGGCUCACAGUCUGUUGAGCAACAGGGCACCCACAAAGGUGGCAAAUCCUACAAGUGUAAUGAGUGUGGCAAGAGUUUCAGCCAAACUAUUCAUCUUACUCAGCAUCAGAAGACCCACAGGUGGAAACGCUAUGAAUGUGCCAAAUGCAAGGCCACCUUCAACUUUAACAAACACCUCCUCCAGCACCAGAAAAUUCAUGCUGCAAAAACUGCCUCUGAAUGUCAGGAAUGCGGGAAGGCUUUCAGGCAAAGGUCAUCCCUCAUCAAACACCAGUCUGUUCACACUGGAGAAAAGCCUUAUAAGUGUGAUGAAUGUGGGAAAGCCUUCAGCCAUAUCUUGACCCUAAAGAGCCACCAAAGGAGUCAUAGUAGAGAGAAACCUUACAAAUGCAAUGAAUGUGGGAAAGCCUUCUACCGGAACACUCACCUGAAUGAACAUCAGAGGAUUCACACAGGCUACAGGCCCCACAAAUGUGACAAAUGCAACAAAAGUUUCAGCCGGCCUUCCCACCUGAUUAGACACCAGUCUGUUCAUGCCACAGAAAAGCCCUACAGCUGUGCUGAAUGCAAGGUGACCUUUAGUCGCAGUGAACGCCUUGUUCAACACCAAAAAAUCCAUGCUGUAGAAACCCGUCAUGAAUGUCAGGAGUGUGGUGAGCACUUCGUUUGCAGCUCGACCCUAACUAGCCACCAGAGCAUUCACACCCAAGAAAAACAAGGACUUGAUAAGAGUGGAGAGAUCUUAAAUCAGAACCUAGAACAAAAAGAGCAUCCAAGGACUGGGGAGAAGCACUUUAAGUGUAACAAAUGUGAGAAAAGCUUCAGUUGCAGCAAAUACCUGACUCAGCAUGAGAAGCUUCAUACCAGGGAGAAGCCCUUUGAGUGUAACCAGUGUGGGAAAGCCUUUGGCCAAAGUACACAACUCAUUCGCCACCAGAUGAUCCACUCUGGAGUGAGGCCAUAUAAAUGUGAGGACUGUGGGAAGGCCUUCAUUCGUAGCACCUCCCUCACCAAACAUCAGUGCAUCAACAAGAGCAAGGACCCCUUUAAGUGUAAUGAACGUGGAAAGACUUUCAGCCACAGUGCACAUCUCUCAGAACAUAAGUUAAUAUACACUGUGGAGAAGCCCUUUAAAUGUAACCACUGUGACAGAGUCUUUGGGCACAGUAAAUACCUUAUUCAGCAUCAGAGAACUCAUACUGGAAAGACAUCUUUUGAGUGUAAUAAAUGCGGAAAAACAUUCAGACACCGAUGGCGCCUUUCUAAACACCAGAAGGUUCACACACAUGAGAAACCCUAUACAUGUGGCGACUGUGGGAAAACCUUCAGCUUGAACGCUCCACUCAUUCGACACCAGAGAGUUCACAGUGGGGAAAAGCCUUACUUUUGCCAGGAAUGUGGGAAAGCCUUCAGCCAGAGCUCAUGCCUUUCUGUUCACCUCAGAGUUCAUACUGGGGAGAAGCCCUACCUGUGUGCUGAAUGUGGGAAAGGCUUUUCCCAGAAAGCAAAUCUGAGGCAGCAUGAGAAAGUUCACACGGGGGAGAAGCCUUACAUCUGUGAUGUGUGUGGGAAAGCCUUUGGCCUCAGUGCCCAUCUCAGUCAGCACCAGAGAAUUCACACCCAAGAGAAACCAUAUCAAUGUCAACACUGUCAGAAAGCCUUUCGCUUCUACUUAGGUCUCUGCCGACAUCAGCAAGUACACGCUCAAAAGUAA